AUGGAUCCUGAGAAGACCGGUAGCGAGGGCGACGAGCCGCUUCCACAGGCUGUCAAAGACCUAUCAGGGAAGGAAUCUCACAAUACCCACGAUGGUGCAGGGUCAGACAUUCUCAACGGCCAUCUCAUCGAGCUCGAGGUCGAUUUGUCUCGGGUCAUCGGCGAGGAUGAUGUCGAAGGAGACUGGGACGCCGAUACGAGCCCCUUCCCAGCCGUCCGCGCUGUCGUCCCCGAGACGGAUGACCCCGAAAUGCCUGUCAACACCUUUAGGGCUUGGUUCCUCGGCAUCGUCUUUGUUUUCCUCGGUGCCGGUGUGAAUCAAUUCUUUGGUCUACGAUAUCCGGGUGUUCAUAUAGUCUCACUUGUUGCGGAGCUUAUCGCCUACCCCAUCGGUGUCUUCCUUGCGCAUCUGCUGCCUAUCAGCCGCCUGAACCCCGACAGGCAUUUUAACAUCAAGGAGCAUGCCCUUGUUACCAUUAUGUCCAAUGUGUCUUUUGGAUUUGGAUCCGCCGACGCGACCAACAUCAUCCAGGCAGCCAAGCUGUACGGCUUUGCCUUGCAGACUGGCUUCAGUGUCAUGGUCGUUCUGUGCUGCCAGCUCCUAGGUUAUGGCGUCGCGGGAUUGAGUGCCAGGUGGCUUGUUGAACCGGCGAGCAUGAUCUGGCCGGGUGUGUUGAGCAAUGUGGCCCUGCUGACCUCGUUGCACUCGAGAGCUAAUGCAGUAGCCGACGGCUGGAAGAUGUCACGCAUCAGGUUCUUCAUGGUUGUGGGGGGCUGCGCAUUCAUCUGGUACUGGCUCCCAGGCUUGAUGUGGACUGGCUUGUCUUAUUUCACUUGGAUCUGCUGGAUCGUGCCCGACAACAUUGUGGUUAAUCAAGUGUUCGGUAUGGUGACUGGGAUGGGGCUUUUCCCUCUAACAUUGGACUGGUCCAUGGUCGCUUACAACACAAACCCCUUGCUGAGCCCUCACUGGGCUGCUGCAAACGUCUUCUUCGGCUUUGCCCUAUUCUUUUGGGUCGUCACUCCAGCUCUUUACUACACAAACACUUGGUUCACCGCACACCUGCCCUUCUGUACAGCAGAUGUAUAUGAUCGAUUCGGCCAGGUGUACGACUCUACCAAGGUGAUCACUGGUCAACUUUUCGACAAGGCCAAAUACCAGGAUUAUUCACCUCCGUAUCUCCCGGCCACCUUCGCCUUUGUAUACGGGUUGUCUUUUGCAUCCAUUACAUCGGUACUAUCACAUGUUUACUUUUUCCACUGGGGUGAGCUUGUACAUGCUCUACGGGGCUCAACAAAGCUUGAUGUCCACUCAAGAAUGAUGAGAGCAUACAAGAGAGUGCCGUUCUGGUGGUUCCUGUCCAUCAUCGUUAUUGUCCUCGCCAUGUCCAUAGCGAUGACUGAGGUCUACCAUACCGGACUUCCAGUCUACGGCAUCUUCCUCGCCUUCAUCAUCCCUGCGGUCUACAUGAUACCAUGCGGAAUGAUUCAAGGCGUGACGAAUGUGGAUGCCAAUCAGGUCAAUGUUCUGUCAGAGUUCAUUGGAGGCUACCUGUUCCAAGGAAAACCAAUAGCCAACAUAUUGUUCAAGAUACUUUCAACGGACGUUGUCGGUCAAGGCCUUUAUUUCGCCUCAGAUAUGAAGCUCGCUCAUUACCUCAAGAUUCCCUUGAGGACCUUGUUCUUUGCACAGGGUAUCGCUACUAUCCUCGGUGCUUUAACCCAGGUCGGCGUGACCUUAUGGAUGCUAGGAAAUGUCGAGGGCAUCUGCACCUCGGAUCAGCCAAACGGUUUUACCUGCCCUAACGGGCUUACAGUCUACUCAUCCUCAAUAAUUUGGGGUCUCAUUGGACCGGGCCGUCUCUAUUCAGCCGGAAAGAUCUAUUCUGGGCUGUUACACUUCUUCUGGAUAGGCCUCAUCUUGCCCCCGAUCACGUACUACAUCUUCAAGAAGACGAAGUCUGACUUUGCCCGCAAGAUCAACUGGCCGCUGAUCUUUGUCGGCACCUACAACGUUCCACCGGCGACAGGGGUGAAUUUCAGCUCCUGGUACCUGGUGAAUCUCAUAUUCAACAAAAUUAUCUUUAGCCGCUUUAGGGCUUGGUGGACCAAAUAUAAUUAUGUCCUUGCCGCCGCCCUGGACACGGGCCUCGCUAUUGCGGGCAUCGUCAUAUUCUUUGCCAUUACCUAUGGACCGAACCUCCAAUUCCCUGACUGGUGGGGGAACACCGUCUGGCAGAACACAGCAGAUGGUCUUGGCACGCCGUGGCUGCAGAUGCCAACGGUUGGGUAUUUUGGCGGCGCGAACGGAACGUGGGCAUGA